CCUGUUGGCAUUUGUAUUCCUUACCAGAUGCCAUCAUUCCCUUAGGCUUACUCCACACGUUUCCAGCAUUCUUUUUGAGCUUCUGAUUCUUACCAUUUGAGUAAUUAAAAUGGAGAAAUGGUGGGGGGUGCUUGGGGUGGUGUUGGUUUUGAAUUUGAGCUUUGGGGUUAGAGGGGCACCGCAAGUUCCUUGUUACUUCAUUUUUGGGGAUUCCUUGGUGGACAAUGGGAAUAAUAAUCAACUGUCGUCGUUGGCUAGAGCUAAUUACUUGCCUUAUGGGAUUGACUUCCCUAAUGGACCGACCGGAAGGUUUUCCAACGGUAAAACUACUAUCGAUGUCAUAGCUGAACUUUUGGGCUUUGACAAUUACAUUCCUCCUUACUCAACCGUAAGUGGUAGACAAAUACUGGGAGGGGUUAAUUAUGCAUCCGCGGCUGCCGGAAUCAGAGAAGAGACUGGACAGCAACUGGGAGGUCGGAUCAGUUUCAGCGGGCAAGUCAGAAAUUACCGAGAAACAGUUUCGCAAGUGGUGAACUUGCUAGGAGAUGAAGACACAGCAGCAAAUUAUUUGAGCAAGUGCAUUUACUCAAUCGGAUUGGGCAGCAACGACUACCUUAACAACUAUUUCAUGCCCGCCUUUUACUCAACCAGCAGGCAAUAUAACCCCGAGCAAUAUGCUGACGUUCUCAUUCAACAAUACACUGAGCAGCUUCAAGAUUUGUACAACUACGGUGCAAGGAAGUUUGUGCUGGUUGGGUUGGGUCAGAUAGGGUGCAGCCCAAACGAACUGGCUCAAAAUAGCGGAGAUGGUAGAACUUGUGUGGAGAGGAUCAACGAUGCCAACCGGAUUUUCAAUAGCAAGCUUAGAGCUCUGGUUGAUCAAUUCAACAACAACAAUUCUGAUGCAAAAUUCAUCUACAUUAAUGCUUAUGGAAUUUUCCAAGACAUAACAAGCAACCCUGCAGCUUACGGUUUCAAGGUGACAAAUGCAGGGUGUUGUGGGGUGGGGAGGAACAAUGGGCAAAUUACCUGCUUGCCUUACCAAACCCCAUGCCAAAACAGGGAUGAGUACCUGUUUUGGGAUGCUUUUCAUCCAGGUGAGGCUGCCAAUGUGAUCAUUGGAAGGAGAUCAUACAGUGCUCAGUCUUCCUCUGACGCUUACCCGAUCGACAUCCGCCGUCUUGCCCAGCUCUGAAGAUGGAGACGAGGUUUUUGGUAGGAUAAUAAAUAUUUAUAAAAUAGAUAAUUAUUUCAUAUGAUUCAAACUCUUUUUGUGUAUUUCUAAGUUUGUUACAAUCAUUAGUGUCAUCGUUCUAAGGGAUGUGGCAAUUAAUUAUAAUGUCAAAUAUCAGAGUCUAUGUUGUGGGUGUGUCUUUGUGAAAGUAAUGUAAAAUUUUGGCUUGUAAUGCUAAAGGCUUUUGAAUUUGGACCA